AUGGUCAAGCUGCAGCGAUUCCUCGUCGCCAUGGCCAUCGCGGCGGCGGUGGCAACAAGCGCGAGCGCUCAAGACGUAGCGGCAGAGGAUCUGCGCCAAGAUUCGGGCAGCUCACUCGACGAGAGCGACUCUGGAGACGGCAGCGCAUUUCUCGACUCCGAUUCCGGCAGCUUCGCAGUUGAUACAUCCACAAUCGGCAGCGACAGCGCAGCGGGCGAGGUCACGACCCAGCCAGAGACACCACCACCACCAAACAGUCCUCCAGUAGUGCAGGUGCAGCCCGUAGUCGACGGCGUCAAGAUGUUCGGACAGUGCGGCGGCGUGUUCUACUCCGGCAGCAGCACGUGCGCCGACCCUGACGCCUACUGCAAAGAGCUCAGCAUCUACAGCUCCAUCUGCUCCCCCAAGCCACUGCGUGUCGUUCUGAGCUUCGCGGUUGCAGUCUUGGUGUCCCUAUCAACCCUCGACCAUGUAGCCGCCCAGGCAUCCCAAGCCGACAACGAGCCCAGCUACACCGGCAGCGGAGACGGUGGAGAGACUGCAGAACCAGUGGUGGAAGAACCCCCACCAGAAUACAACUACACGCCGUCUCCAACCAAGACCGCAGCCAACAAGGCAUCGUCGGGCAGCGGGGCCAGCAGCAACACCAUCCAAUUCCCCACUGGAGGCGGCACAGUGCCGCAAUGGGGUCCCUGCGACGCGAACGCCAAGUGCGCAAAGCACACGUACUGUAAGCUGCUCAGCAGCGGCACCUCCAUCUGCUACCCUGCGUAA